AUGGCUGAUUACGACCUUACCCCGCGGAUGGCGCCGAACCUCGACAGGCACUUGGUGUUCCCUCUUCUGGAGUUUUUGCAGGAACGCCAGCUGUAUGACGACGACCACAUCCUGAAGGCGAAGAUCGACCUUCUCAACAACACUAACAUGGUUGAUUACGCCAUGGACAUCCAUAAGAGCCUCUACCAUACCGAGGAUGUUCCGCAUGACAUGGUUGAGCGCCGAGCUGAGGUUGUCGCCCGCCUUAAGUCCCUCGAGGAGGGCGCCGCUCCCCUUGUCGCCUUCCUCCAGAACGCGGCCGCAGUGCAGGAGCUCCGCUCCGACAAGCAGUAUAACCUCCAGAUGCUUAAUGAUCGAUAUCAGAUUGGUCCUGCACAAAUUGAGGCACUUUACCAAUAUGCCAAAUUUCAGUUUGAGUGUGGGAACUACUCUGGUGCUGCUGACUAUCUUUAUCAGUACAGAGCUUUGUGCACAAAUAGUGAAAGGAGUUUGAGUGCAUUGUGGGGGAAGCUGGCUGCUGAAAUUUUGAUGCAGAACUGGGAUAUUGCUCUUGAAGAGCUCAAUCGUUUGAAGGAGAUCAUUGAUUCGAAGAAUUUUGCAUCGCCUUUGAACCAGGUGCAGAGCAGAAUAUGGCUGAUGCAUUGGAGUCUGUUCAUCUUUUUUAAUCAUGACAAUGGGAGAACACAAAUAAUUGAUCUGUUCAAUCAGGACAAGUAUCUAAAUGCCAUCCAAACUAGUGCUCCACACCUUUUACGUUACUUGGCCACAGCUUUCAUUGUUAACAAGAGGAGGAGGCCGCAAUUCAAAGAUUUUAUUAAAGUUAUUCAACAAGAGCAGCAUUCAUAUAAAGAUCCCAUCACUGAGUUUUUGGCUUGUGUUUAUGUCAACUAUGACUUUGAUGGGGCACAAAAGAAGAUGAGGGAAUGUGAAGAAGUAAUUCUCAAUGAUCCAUUCCUUGGUAAAAGGGUUGAAGACAGCAACUUUUCAACUGUACCGCUAAGGGAUGAGUUCCUUGAAAAUGCAAGGCUAUUUAUCUUUGAGACAUACUGUAGAAUACAUCAACGCAUUGACAUGGGAGUGCUUGCUGAGAAGUUAAAUUUGAAUUAUGAGGAGGCUGAGAGAUGGAUUGUUAAUCUCAUCCGUAGCUCAAAGCUUGAUGCCAAAAUUGACUCUCACACUGGAACCGUUAUCAUGGAACCUAAUCAUCCAAACGUUUAUGAGCAACUGAUAGAUCAUACCAAGGCCCUUAACGGGCGCACCUACAAGUUGGUUAGUCAACUUCUGGAACAUGCACAAGGUCAAGCAGCCCGAUAA